AUGUUGUUAAGUACACUUAAAGAGGAAGUAAUAAAGAAUCCUAACCUUGCUCCACGUUUUGAAAUCAUCGUUGCCAGUAUUGGUGGUGAUUUCCCUAUUGAAGAAUAUUGUGUUGAAGGAAAAAUUCAUUAUUGUAAUGACCUUGGUCGCGGCAUAACUUCUUUUGGCCACCACGGUAUACAAAUUCUUGGACGCUUUCUAAAUCGAAGUUCAUUUAAACUUGUUUGCGGAAAUUAUGUUGCUAAGAAAUGUUCUGAGAAUGUUGAAUAUCAAUUGGUAGAACCAGAAGAUGACAAUAAUGCUGAAAUCAGAAAUAUUUAUAUUACAAAUAUUACUUUUGCUUAA